GAGAAAAUGCCGGUUUUUUCACGCACAUAAGGUUGUGGGGUCCGAGCUUCCUACGGCGUUAUGAUAGCCUAGUACUUUUAGUUUACAUUCCUACAGUUUUGUAGUAAAUUUCGUAGUGUUUUUUUUUUUUAAUUUAUUAACUAAAGUGGAGUGUAGCUUGAAAUGUUUGGCGUGUAUUUAUGAAAAUGAUUUGAUUUUUAAUAACUUGAGCUAUUUGCAACAACACAAAUGAAGAGUGUGAUCAAUCGAGGAGUUACGUGAGAAAAAGAGAUAAAAAUGAUCGUGUUGAUUUAUAUUGACGUACUGCAUACACAUAUUAAUUUUGUACUAAGUUCAAUAGACUGUGGAUUAUGAAAUGGACCAAUUUGAGUUACUUAAUAGAAAAUUUAAAGUUAGUGUUCUCGCGAAAUGGAGAGACGGAAAUAUUUUAUUUGGAAGAAGCAACCUUUUUGGUUGGUAGUCGUUAUGCAGCUGCUGAUUUUGACAACUGCUACGAAUGUGACCACAAAUUUACCACAGGUAACAGAAGCUCCUACAGAAGAGCUCUUCGCUUGGAGUGCAUGGGGCAGUUGGAGUCCGUGUUCCAGAACUUGCGGCGGUGGAGUGUCGGUCCAAGAAAGACUCUGUUUGCCCAGAUCACGUGACUACGCAGUUGUGCCCAACACUACGCUGGACACUCCGACCAUCAGGGUUCGAGUGACCAGACAGACGUCACAAGACUGCCUCGGUAUAUCCAAAAGAUAUCACGAAUGCAACACCGCUCCCUGUGCGACUGGAGAUCGAGAUACGCGAGCUGAGCAAUGCUCGUCUUAUGAUCGAAGACCUUUCCGUGGGAGGUUCUAUACCUGGGUGCCCUACGUGGACGGCGAGUCGCCGUGCAUGUUGAACUGCCGCCCGCUGGGCCAGCAGUUCUACGCCUCUCUGUCGCUGGCUGCGGACGGUACGCCCUGCACCAGGCCCGGGUAUCGCGCCAUCUGCGUGCAGGGGAGCUGUAAGGUGGUGGGUCGUGACGCAGUGCUGGCGGUGGCGGGCCGCGAGCGUGACGUACGCUGCGGCAGGCGCCUGGUGUCGGGCCUGUUCGCCCGCCCGCGUCUACCCCUCGGCUACUCCUAUGUCACUACGGUGCCCACCGGCGCUUGCAGACUCAACGUGUCGGAAAUUGUGUCGAGCGAUAAUUAUAUCGCAUUGAAGAUUUCAAAUGGAUCAUACAUAAUGAAUGGCGAGUUUGCUGUAAGCUCUCCUGGAACAUACGAAGCCGCUGGUGCCAGGUUCAUAUACACGAGAAAUGUUGGACUAGACUCAGUCUUUGCAUCGGGUCCUAUACAAUAUCCAAUCGAUAUAAUGGUUUUAUACACUCAACCUAAUCCAAGCAUAAAAUACGAGUAUUUCACUGAAUCACUGCCGGGUCAGGUCGAUGUUGAGCCAACCAAUGCUGACUUACCAGAGCCUACAGUUUCUCCUAAGCAUACAAGACGACAUCAUAGUUACGAAACAUAUCCAAGAUCUGGUAUCAGACAUCUAGAUUCAGCUGGACUGAUAAAGGAAAAUCCAGUUGAGAAGAGUUUUGAAGAAAACAUUGUUGGAGGAAGGAAAUUCAUGUGGAAGAUUUUAUCUUAUACUCAUUGUUCUAGAAGUUGUGGUGGAGGUAUCCAAGUAGGGAAAUAUAGAUGUGUCGAAGCAAGUUCAGUUGGAGAUCGGGAAGUAUCGUCUCUGCAUUGUUCAGGUUCACCACCUUCGGCUAAAAGACGUCGAUGUGGUCAAGGCCCUUGUGCGCCAAGAUGGCGGGCAGCCGCCUGGUCUUCUUGCCCUAAAUGUGGUCCAGCUACUAGAACUAGAAUAGUCGGCUGCGUACAGGAUCAUUCUAGAGGUAUCACGAAGAUUAGCGAUCACAAAUGCCUAUCACUCAAGCCAAUAACGACAGAAAAGUGUAAUAUACCUGAUUGUGGACUAACUCCAGGAAUCAGACAAGUAGAUCGUAGUAACUCACGAGUGCAAACCGACACUUUUAGAGAUGGACCAGUUUAUACCAUAGCGGUCGAUGCAUCAAAGACAGAAUUAGGUCCUGAAUAUAGUUUUAAUACUGGAGUUGGAGGCUGGCUUCAAACUGACUGGAGUGAGUGUGUAGGUUGGUGUGUAGGAGGAGGUCUACAAACCAGAGCAGUCCGGUGUGCCGACCCCUCCGGUUGUCCUCAAAACUCUCCAGAUACAUCUCGUACAUGUACUCCUAGAACGAUUUGUGACCCUCAUGAUGGGCAUUGGUUCACUGGUGAAUGGUCAGCUUGUACAUCGUCUUGUGGUGGAAAGCAAGUUCGCGGGGUGCUAUGCAUCGGUGGCACCGGGAGACAUCUUCGCGAUUCAGCGUGCAAGGACACCAAGCCUGAGCAUGAGAGGAGCUGUGGUGGUGAAUGCACUCCCAUUUGGUACACCAGUGAGUGGGGUCAGUGUGUAGGCAACUGCACUCUCGGAGUCGGAGUACAGAGGCGGACAGUGGUGUGCGCGCGCGCCGACAACGCUGCCACCAGUGAUAUCGAGUGCCCUUCGCCGCGACCACAUGCGCAUCUUCCCUGCGAGCCUAAGUGUGCUACGGAACCCACCCUGCCACCAGAGUUGGCUAUAGAGUCCCAAAAAGCGGUUACCGAAAUUCAAACCACACAAAAAAGUACUACAAUAAGCAUUAAAAAAGACUGUGAAGACAAAUUGCCAAACUGCGCGCUUGCCGUUCAAGCGAGACUUUGCCAUUAUAAAUACUACAUACAAAACUGUUGCGAUUCCUGCAAUGUGCCGUCAUAAAACAAUCACAAUGUACAUAAAUACGAUGUAAUUUUCCAACAGUUCGACGAACAAUCUCAUAAUAUAGUAGUCGAGACACACGGACGCGUGUCUACCCAAUUCGAGCGAUCGAUUGACUCAGCGACAGUAUCUUUACUGGACCCAUUAAGGGUCAUUUUCAUAUACCCGAGCCUAUACGAGAUAGUAUUAAUAAGAAAUGUAACAAAUAAUUAACACAUAAGUGUAAUUAAUAAGGAAUUUAAAAUUAAUUGAUAUAAAAAUAAAAUUAAUUGAUAUAAAAAUAUAUUUUGGUGUGAUAUUUAAAUUAUGUUCAUUAGAUAAUGUUAUACGUAAGAAAUAUAUAAGGAUGUUGAAAGAAAUAUAAUAAUGAAUUUAAACCCGUAAGAUUCAUGAGAUAUUUGUACUGAUAUUGUAAAUAGAUAACAAAUAAAAUAAAAUUAUAUAUUUUA